AUGGCGGCGUGGGGAAGGAGGCGCGCGGGCCCCGGCAGCACCAAUAGUGGUGGCGGCCGGGAGAGGGUCACCUUGUCCUCCACGGACUGCUACAUCGUGCAUGAGAUCUACAACGGAGAGAACGCCCAGGACCAGUUUGAGUACGAGCUGGAGCAGGCCCUGGAAGCGCAGUACAAGUACAUAGUGAUCGAGCCCACCCGCAUUGGGGACGAGACCGCCCGCUGGAUCACCGUGGGGAACUGCCUGCACAAGACCGCCGUGCUGGCGGGCACCACCUGUCUCUUCACCCCUCUGGCUCUUCCAGUAGAUUAUUCUCACUACAUCUCCCUGCCUGCUGGUGUGCUGAGCGUGGCUUGCUGCACUCUCUAUGGCAUCUCCUGGCAGUUCGAUCCCUGUUGCAAGUACCAAGUGGAGUACGAUGCCUAUAAACUUUCCCGCCUGCCCCUGCAUACGCUCACCUCCUCCACCCCCGUGGUGCUGGUGAGGAAGGACGACCUGCACAGAAAGAGACUGCACAACACGAUAGCACUGGCUGCCCUGGUGUACUGUGUAAAGAAGAUCUAUGAACUCUAUGCUGUAUGACUUCAGCAGGGAAGAGAGAAACCCCACAAAGACAAGCGUAUUAAAGACUCCCACAGUAACGUUUUGUUUUUCCUCUUUGAGAAGCAGUGGAGACUGGGAAGGAUUUGGUUUCAUAGAGCUGUUGUUUUGAAAAGGAACAUAUCACUGGUGCACCAAGGGGGUUUUCAGUUUCUUUGUUAUACUUUAAGAUGUGGAUGUGCAGUGACUUGAGAGCUGUAUGUUAGGCUAUGGGAGUCCAAUCCAGCAGCAGGAUGUCGAUGCAGGAGAGCUAUAGAAAGAGAAAGGGAGGA